AUGCAUCAACGCGAGAGAGAAGGGGUACCAGAGCUGGUAUUCGAGACAGCUAGAGAGAGGGAUCUUUACCAAUACUACCAACCUUCAUUUUCACCUGUCGCUCCGGACCAUCCCCCCCGAUCCUCAGAUGAUACGGCAUUGUCUUCCUUCGCUCAACUAGCGACCCUACGUUUAGGCACAAGGCGUGCGUUGAUAUCUCUCAUUGAUCGAACGAAUCAGUACAUUCUCGCCGAAGCUACGCAGACAUUAUCCUUCCGGUCUGAUUCGGUGCAUAACGAUCAGGAUGAAUUAUGGUUUGGAUGCGCAACGUUACCCAGGUCGCGGGGGCUUUGCGAGGAGGCUCUUGAUAUGCUGGAUUCGUCCAAGUCACAGAGGCUAUCACCCCUGAUCAUCAGCGAUCUCACCCAAGAUGCCAAAUUUAAGGAUCGGCCAUUCGUGACGAGCCGCCCAUCGUUGCGAUUUUAUGCUGCGAUGCCUAUUACUACCAAAGCAGGCUUCAACAUUGGAAGCCUGUGUGUUUUGGAUGAUAAGCCAAGGGAUGGACUAAGUGACUUCGAAAUAGGGUUCUUGGGCGAUAUGGUAACCACCAUCAUGGCUCACUUGGAAAUGCGCAGAGUCAAGGCAGAGCACAGACGGAGCGCGAUGAUGGUCAAAGGAAUUGGACUUUUCGUGGAAGGAGGGAGUACGAUGCGUGAAUGGUGGCGCGAGGCAAGAAACGACAAGGCGUCGCGACAACAAGGUUCGAAAGGUGUAGUAGAAACAGAUCCAAAGCCGAUAUCCAAGGAGAAUACAUCUGCUACCAAGAACUUAAUACCCGAAGCCGCAGGCCAUUUCGAGUUGGCUAGCAAUCUUUCCGCUCUUCGUCGACCUAAGCUAGCGGAACACUCUCUAGCCAAGACUCAAACCGAGCCAGUAGUUGAAUCACCGUCGCCUUUAGCAAAGCCGAGAGAUAAUUCCACAGCUUGGAACGUGGGAGACCAGGGAACUCUCUCCUUUCUAACUCCGGUAUCCUCGGCGAUACCUGCCCGAGAGCAGGAGGUAUCUCCGAUAUCAAGCACAGGAGAGGGCCCGCGCCCUACCCUUCCAGCCCAGAGCUUAAGAUCCUCCACAGGAGACCUGCAGGAAAUCAUGCUCUCCAAAAAUCUCAAAGAUAUGUUUUCGCGUGCGAGCAAUAUCAUCCGAGAAUGCAUUGAGGUCGACGGGACCAUCUUUCUAGACGCUAGCAUUGGUACGUUUGGUGGACACACAGGCGAGUCCCAUAUCAGACCUGAUCAGUCAGGGAUAAUAGCGGGCCAACACCAAGGGUCUGCCAUAUCAAGCAGUGAAGAAGAUCUCUCGGGGGGUCGUGCCAGUGAUGCAGAGAUAUCAGAUGUAAGCCCUACCGGUAGCUUCGCGAGUCUACCGUCAUGGAACCCAUUAACUGAUGGCGGCGAAGAGAAGGAAAAAAUGUGCGGUAUACUAGGUUUUUCGACAGCGGGAAAAUGCAGCUUAGAAGGGCAUGAGGCUUCGGAGAAUUAUGUUCCCGUUAAGGAGGCAUUUCUCCAAAGACUUCUUCGCAAGUACCCUCACGGACAGGUCUUUAGCCUGGGUGGGACAACAAAAAAAGGAAGAGGAAGUGCUAAGCAGGCGGAAGCAGUUGCCCUGCUCCAGAUGCUUCCUGGCGCUCGUAGCGUUGUCUUAUUCCCGCUGUGGGAUUCUCACCGUGAACGAUGGUUCGCGGGCAGUUUUGCCUGGACUACCCAAUCGACACGAAUACUUACACGUGCUGAAGACUUAAACUAUCUUGCGGCCUUCGGAAAUAGCAUCAUGGCAGAAGUUGCUCGACUAGAUGCAGUAACCGCAGAUCGAGCCAAGUCGGACUUUAUCUCGUCCAUCAGUCAUGAACUCCGAUCCCCACUUCACGGUAUCCUUGCCUCGGUGCAGUUUCUACAUGACACAGCGAUGGACUUGUUCCAGAACAGCAUGAUUGAUACCAUUGAACGAUGUGGGAGAACUCUUCUGGACACCAUCCAACACGUACUUGAUUUUGCGAAGAUCAACAACCUCACGAAGUCAAAAUGGAAUAUGAAACAGGGCAAAGGGCCGCCUGAUCUAGAAUCCCAUUCAAGAAGGAUGGGCUUAAGCGUCGACAUUGAUGUUAGCGUGAUCACUGAAGAUGUCAUCAAUGCAGUGUACGCAGGCCAUAUAUUUCAAGGUAAUUCGUCCCUAGCGGUGGCCGACGAAGCAAGCGGAUUCCCCUCCGAAGGACUACGAAGUAGCGGGUUUAGCAGCACCGACACAAUUGCGGAUCAGCCUUCAGAUCAACCUACAUUGAAGAAAGAACCCCUUGUCAUUAUUAUGGAUAUCGGCUGGAGACCGAACUGGAUUUUCAAUACACAGUCUGGAGCUUUACGAAGGGUCUUGAUGAAUCUCUUUGGCAAUGCUCUGAAAUAUACGGAUGCGGGAUGGGUCAAGAUCUCCCUUCAAUCCAAAGACAUCAUGCCGAUAAACCACCAAUCCCAACGAUCCAUUAUCACGAUCAUUAUCAGUGAUUCUGGGAGAGGAAUAUCCCAAGAGUUUCUUAAUAGUCAAUUAUUCACGCCAUUUACACAGGAGGACCCUAUGAAUCCCGGAACUGGGUUAGGCCUGAGUAUAGUGCUGCAAAUUAUACGCUCGCUUGGGGGUUCAAUCGAUGUUCAGAGUAAGCCAGGGCUUGGGACCGAAGUGAAGUCUCUCGCUCCGGACACUAAGUAUAAAAAUCCGGUUAUGAGUGCGAGGAGGAAGACAAGCGGACUGACCUUAGGCCUCGUGGGGUUUCAUGCUUCCUCAAGCAUCCCAGGGGCGCGUGCUGGUACCGUUAAAGUCAAGCCGGAACUCGAUUUACCUCUCCAGGAGUCGCUUGAAAAUAUGGCCACAGACUGGUUUGAUAUGAAAGUCACGGCACCAGAAUCAUGGGAAGCUUCGCCACCAGAUAUCUAUAUUGCAAACGAAAAUCCUAAUGUCGCCAAUCAAUUCCGCAGAGCUCCCACUAUUAUACUUUGUUCGGAUGCAUCUGUAUACCGUGCUUACGCUCGGAGUAUGAGGCAAGGUGCUCAAAACAGCGACAGUGGGCUUGUCCACUUUGUCUCUAAGCCGUGCGGCCCUCAAAAACUCGCUAAAGCGUUUACGUUUUGUUUAAGUAACGCUUCACAUCCGUCUACGAAUCGCCUUCCUCAAUUGACACCUCUCCUAACUCCGAAUGAGAGUUUAUCUUCUCCGCAGAGUUUCCUCGGGGCCUCCCCGGAUCCAGCAUUCCAUCCAAGGGAGGUUCAUCCACGAAGCAGAUAUUUCCCUACCAGUAUUGGGCAUCCACUCGGGAAACCUUCCGAAGGAGGUGGGUCUUUAGCACUCGGUAUAAACUCUCACAAAGCCACAAAUAAAAGGCCGGUGUUGCUCUUAGUUGAGGAUAACUACAUCAAUAUGAAGUCACUAGUAUCAGGACUGAUGGUGUCAAAGCUUCUCGAAACCUUCGCAAAGAAGAAUAACUGCAAAUAUGGCUCAGCGGAGAACGACAUCUCUAUGCCGGUCAUGAACGGAAUGGAUGCCACGCGAGCAAUUAGAAAACUAGAGAAUGAGCGAGGACAGAUACCGGCGCUGAUCAUCGCUUUGACCGGUCUUGCCUCUGAUAGCGAUCGACAGGAGGCAUUCUCCAGCGGCAUAAACCUUUUCCUGACAAAACCAGUCAGUCUCAGUGAGCUCCGAGAAAUUUUGAAUGCCUGGGAGCCGAGUACGGAUGCGCAAUCUACAGGAGUAUCAGGAAGAAGAAAGUAG